GGCAAAUCAUGGCACCACCCGCAGCCAAGAAGCGCCGACCGACAGGCCGUCGCCCCGAGAAGGCCAGCAGUGACGCGCCGCCGCCGCCAUCGGGCCAUGCGGAAAUGGGCUACGAGAUCGGGCGAGGCCGCACCGACGUCGUGGGCCAUUGGCGCGACCUCACGAGCGACGAGAAAUGCGACUUGAUGGGUCUGGACGAAGACGAGAUUGAUGACGCCAUGCGCCUCGUCGUGCAGCAGUACCCGCAGCUCGACGCUCCGCUCCCGUCGUCCGUCGACCCGGCGACGACCGCGAUGGUGCAAGCCAUGUUUUUGCACGCGCUCGAGACCUGCGACGGCAAGCUCAUACUCGAACACGUCUCGAUCGAGACGAUUGGGGUUCUCGUUGCCCUCGAGCGCAAGCUGCUCUACGCUGUGAUUGGCAAGGACAUGCAUCGAAAAUGCGCCGUCACUGUCUUGUACCUUGUAUGGACGUCGUCGUGGCCGUAUCUGGGCGUGGCCGGGUACCUCUUGGUGCUCUUCUCGAACCUCGGUCCGUGCACGUGGCUGCGCAACACGACGUGCGCGUACCUUGAUGCGUUCUUUCUGCAUGGCCCCGAUCCGCUGCACGUCGAGUGGUAUUUCAACAGCUAUCUCACGGCCCUUCUGUUGCUGUAUACGUCCCACGACGCGCAUGUUGCAGUCUACAUCAUAUUAGCCAUCGUGCUCGCUCUUCCGUUCGGCGUCUCGGCACUCAAAAAUUCGUAUGCGGACGGCGCCGACGACCACUCAGCGCUCGACAAGAUCACAUCGGCGCUGUCGCUGUUGAACAAGCUCAUCCUUGUCUACUACUGCUGGAGCUCGUACAGCAGCCUUCUCAUGGUGGCGGCUCUCUUCUUUGAUACGGCGGCCUUGUCGCUGGCGUCCGUCUCGUUCCUCGGCGUCGCGGUUGUCCUCGAACUUGCCGGGCGCGCCUUCCUACGCAUCGUGCCACCCGCGUAUGUCGAAGCGUAUACCGAGUGGAAGGAACAAAGUCGGUGGCACGCGCUCGGCGCUGGCCUUGUGCCCGUGGCGGUGGCUGCCAUUGUGCUCUAUGCGACGUGGGACUGGACGUCGAUGUUUGGCGGCUUUGUGCGGCUCGUGACGGUCCUCGCCCUCUCGCAAGCGGUGCCUGCGGGGCACCUUGCGACGCUCGCGCAACUCGCAUUUCUCGCGAUCGCGCUGCCGCUGCAGCUGGUGCAACUCGUGCUGCUCUGGCUCGGUAUCAAGCCGACACCGACGACGUCGAGUACGACCCCGCCCGACGAGACAACCCCCGACGACGCAGAGACGACAGAACACUGAGUCGUUUUUGAUUGUUGUGUUUCACUGCUGCGCCUGCCGUGAUAUAGGCUCGUAUGUACGGCAUUAGUUGGCGUGGUGACCGUGCCGACGGAUGCCACGCACAAUGCAAACCCAAUCGAAAACACUCUUCGUCGACUAGAAAUUGAACCGUCGCGGGGUAACAUGAGUGUCGCGGAGCC